AUGAAUUUGUUAUCUUAUAACAUUCGGGGCUUGGGGAGUGUUGCGAAGCAGAGAGAUGUUACUGAUUUGGUGAAAGGGCAGAAGAUCGAUUUUUGUUGCUUACAGGAGACAAAGAUGGAGGUGUUCAGGGAUUUGUUCUGUAAAUCUUGGUGGGGGUCUAAUUAUAUAGACAGAGCGAUUAGGAAUUCGGAGGGAAGGGCUGGAGGAAUUGUUUGCUUGUGGAAUAGGGAGGUUUUCGAAGCCUCUAGUACGUGGGAUUUACCGGGGGCGGUGGUGGUGAAUAGUAGGUACAAGGAGGGUGAUAUCUUAUGUUGCAUCAUCAACGUGUACGCACCAGUCGGCUCAGGGGAUAAGCGGAUCUUGUGGGAUGCCUUAAGCUCAAUUGUGGAACAAAAUACGGAUAGGAGUGUCUGUAUCUUGGGAGACUUUAACUCAGUUAGGAGGAGGGAUGAACGUGUGGGCAGUGGGGAGGCGUUUGGAGCAACUGAUGCAAGAAGUUUUGAAGAAUUUAUCCGGGAGAACGAUUUGGAGGAAAUUAAAACUCAUGGCCGGAAGUUUACUUGGUACAAACCAAAUGGAAAGUGCAAGAGUAAGAUUGAUCGCUUUCUCGUUAAUGAGAAUUGGCUGGCUGCUUGGGAAGGGACGUCGGCACGAGGACUUCAACGUUCAAUUUCGGAUCACUGUCCGAUUAUUCUCACUACAAGAUCGGAGGAUUGGGGACCAAGACCUUUUCGGUUCCUCAAUGCAUGGGUGAAUCAUUCGGAGUUCGAGGAUAUGGUAAAGCAGGUUUGGACGGGGACUAAUGUGGGGGGAUGGAGCUUUUUUGAGGUUAAGGAGAAACUGAAGAAACUCAAAGAGGCCUUGAAGGUGUGGAAUCGGACUUCCUUCGGUGAGAUUGACCACAAAAUCCAAGAACUUCAGAAGGAACUUCAGGAUAAGGAUAAGGUGGACGAACAGAGAGGUCUUGAAGAAUCAGAGGUGAUCAGGAGAAAUGAGAUUCAAGCCAUGCUCUCCCUUCAAUUCAAGAAUAAACAGAUGAUGCUGCAACAGAAAGCCAAAAUCAAAUGGCUCAAAGAGGGAGACACUAAUUCGGGUUUUUUUCAUAGGGCAAUUCGUGGGAGACGGGUUAAAAACGAAAUUGGCGGAAUGCUCUUUGAAAACUCGUGGAUAUCUAAACCGGAAGAGGUUAAAGCAAGAGUGAGAAAUCAUUUUGAAGCUUUUUUCAAAAUGAAAGAACGACUGAUGCCUGAUUUCCCCCUGGACUUCAUGAGGAGGAAAAUUUCAACUGACGAGAGGCAGUGGCUAAUCAGGGAUUUUGAUCUGGACGAGAUUAAAGAAGCAGUUUGGAGCUGUUGUGGAGACAAGAGUCCGGGACCCGAUGGAUUUAACUUCACAUUCUGGUGA